CUAAAAUAUAUUUAUAUAUUUAGGAGAACAACUAAUCUAAAUGAAAAUAAAAAAAUUAAUCAAAAUUUUAAUAUAUUUAGAACAAAAAGUAUUAUGAUUGCAUUCAGAGAAUUAAAUACAAUCUAAUAUAUUCAAGUGAUAACUAAACCUACUAGAUAUUACAUAUACAAAAUCACAUGUUUUCAAAAAAUGUAAUAUUAUUAAUAUAAAUUAUACAUGUAAAAUUUUUUAAAUUAAAAGUAAAAUAUUAAUUAAUUAUUAUAUUAUAUUUAUUUAAAAAUAUUUAUAUUUGUGUAUGAGCACGAAAGAAUCACAUAGUAUAACAAGAAAAAUAUAGUUACAACAAAAUGUAGAAAGAUUAAACUCCAUUAAUUCUAGUUUUUGUUGAUCUCUCUGAUAAAAAUGUUUUAUUAAUUGAUGUUACUUUCGUUUUCGUUUUUUCUUUCGCUUUUUAUCUUGUUUAACGCAUCCAGCAAUGACCCUGGUUUUUACUGCUCUCCUUUGUGCUCGUAAGUUGUUUGUUGGGUUUGCGGGCAAGUCUCUUUUGCUUUCUUAGUUUCAUUAGUAUAUAUGGUUCCCCAUGAUGAGUUGGGGCUUUGUCUCCCUGUUGUUUAGGGCUUGUGUCUUCAGAGGUUUUGUACCUGCUGGCUUAAUAUCCUACAAAUGUAUUCCAAAACUGUAUGAUCCUUAGGUAUGAUAACGAAUUUUAAGUGUUAAAAAAAACUCAUCCAGCAAUGACAUAAAGAACUGACUCCAACUCUCUUCUAGGGCAGUACAAUAAAUUGCAACCCAAUGCAUGUUAGAACUUGCUUUCAAGAGUUAACCAACAACACAUAAUUCUUCGCCUCUGCUUCCCAAUACAUAAGGAGAGUCGUCUUCCCUUAUCCUAACAUGACUAGGAUGUGAAUUACUCCAAACUUGUGAAUAUUUUUCCAUUCACUUUUUGCUAUUGAAAGGGUCAACAUCAGCAAUAAAAUCUACCCCACCGGUUUUGGAACUCCCAUGCAUUUAACUCAUCAGAAUACACAUUUAAAAAAAUAUACAAAAACGAGAAAGCUACGGAAAUUUAAAAAAAAAAAAGCAAAGAAAAAAACACAUCACGAGAGAGUACUUUGUGAUGUAAGCAACCACAUACACCACUCCCUUCUUCUCCUCUCCAUUGUUUUUUCUUUUCCUUUCCCAAUAAUUCUCUUCUUAUUUUAUUAGCUAUUUUAUAUUUCCUAACUUUUUCUAAUACUAUUACUGUUUCUCGUUUUGAUUAUUUUUUUAAAAAUUUUAAUCUCUUUUGAUCCUCUCUAUAUAUACAAAUACAAAAUCACCACUUUCUACUAAAAUAGCUCUCUACGUUUCUUUUCUCUCUUUAAUUGCAACUAUGAUGCAAGAAUUGGGUUUAGAACGUUUCUCCAGCGAUGUAUUUCCCUUAAACCUCACUCCUCCUUCUCAAACCUCAUCUACUUCUCUUUCCAUCGACGAAGAGGAAUCUUCGGAGGCCAAGAUCCGACGGCUGAUAUCGGAGCAUCCAGUGAUCAUCUUCAACAGAUCUUCUUGUUGCAUGUGCCACGUCAUGAAAAGACUCCUUUCAACAAUCGGAGUCGUCCCCACCGUCAUCGAGCUAGAUGACCACGAGGUUUCCUCUCUCCCCAUGGCUCUUGAAGAAGAAUAUUCCGGCGGCGGCUCCGUCGUUGUUCCUCCGCCGGCGAUUUUCAUUGGCCGUGAGUAUGUCGGUGGUCUUGAGUCCCUUGUUGCUCUUCAUCUAAGUAGUCACUUGGUCCCUAAGCUUGUCCAAGUUGGAGCUCUUUGGAGAAAUGAGGAAAGAAGAUUCUACUAUUAUUUGUAAGGUCUCCAAGCUCUCGGCAUCACGUUAUGUUUUUAUUCAAGGAAAUAUUCCUCUUUUGAUCAGAUGUAAAAGUCGGCAAAGAACCUCAAGUUAAUCAUAGAUCCUUCUAAAAUAUAGUGGGAGUCGCCAUCUUAAGCCAGACGAUUUCGUUAUUGUGCCGUGAUCUCGUCUAGGUAUUUGACAGCGACGCUGGGCUUAAGUGGCAUCUCCGAAAACAAUCUCUCUUUUAUUUUCCUUCGCACAAUUAUUGAAUUUCUUUUUCAAAGAUUCAGGAAAAGACCAUAAUUUGGAAUAGAAUGCUAUAUACUUCCUUUAUACCGGCCGA